GGUGGGGUUGGAUGCUCCGCAGUCCUCCCAGGGCCGCUCUGACCUGCGGCUCCGCGACUUCUCGUCUCCUCUCCAUCUUUCCUCCCACAGCGGCCGCUCGGCCCCCGCCCCCUCGCCCUCCCAGCGGGUCUUCCCAGGCCGCUCUGGCCCGAGCGUCCCCUCGUCUCUCUGAUCUGGCCCAUCCGGCUCCGGAGGGAGGCGCGGGUGGGUGAGCCAGGGAGUGCGUCUAUGGGGUUCAGGCCUGAGCCCCUAAAGACGGGCUCCGCCCCCGACACCCGCUCGCGCCCCGCCCCCGGCUGGAGGGGUCUCUCCCGGACCUUCCGGGUCUGGCCCGGCAAGACCCGCACCCUCUAUAGAGGCCCCCGCCGGGCUGUGGAGCCCUUCGCUCCCUGGGGACCCACCCGUAUAUAAGGUCCGUUUCGGCCUGCAGCGGCUCGCGUCUUUUACUGCUGGACACCGUUUAUGGGGUCAGCUAGCCUAUGGGGGCCCGUGACUAUAAGCGACUCCCACGGUCCCUAGGGCUUGGCCCCAUCCAUAACGACCCCAUUUACAGGCCCUUUCGUGGGUCUAUAGGAUCUACUCCUCGGUUUCCACAGCCCGUCUACAGCGGCGGCUCCCUUCUGGGGGGAGUGCAACUCCUGGACCUCCCUGGUCUACAAGGCCAUGUCGCGUCUAUAGAGGUCACAUUUGCAGGGCCUCGCGCCGCGUGGAGGGUCCUCUCCAAUCUUUACGGCCUGUCCCGUCUGUAAGUCUGCGGGAGGCGGAUAUGGCCCUGCGCCCGGCUCUGGCCGUGGCGCUGGCUCUAUCUUUGGCCCUGCUGGGGCCGCUGUCCCCCGGGGCCCAGGCAGGGGACUGCAAGGGGCAGCGGCAAGUGCUGCGGGAGGCGCCAGGCUUCGUGACCGAUGGUGCGGGCAACUACAGCGUCAAUGGCAAUUGCGAGUGGCUCAUCGAGGCCCCAAGCCCCCAGCAUCGGAUCCUGCUGGACUUUCUUUUCCUGGACACGGAGUGCACGUACGACUACCUGUUUGUGUAUGACGGCGACUCUCCCCGAGGGCCCCUGCUUGCCAGUCUGAGUGGCAGCACUCGGCCUCCGCCCAUCGAGGCUUCCUCAGGCAAGAUGCUCCUCCACCUCUUCAGUGAUGCCAACUACAACCUGCUGGGCUUCAAUGCCUCCUUCCGCUUCUCCCUGUGCCCCGGGGGCUGCAGCAACCACGGGCAGUGCCAGCCCCCUGGCGUGUGCGCCUGCGAGCCCGGCUGGGGGGGCCCUGACUGCAGCCUGCAGGAGUGCCCGGCCUACUGUGGCGGCCAUGGCACCUGCGCUUCGCCCCUGGGACCAUGCCGCUGUGAGCCUGGCUUCCUGGGACGCGCCUGUGACCUGCACCUGUGGGAGAACCAGGGGGCUGGCUGGUGGCACAAUGUGAGUGCCGGGGACCCUGCCUUCUCGGCCCGUAUUGGGGCAGCUGGUGCCUUCCUGUCCCCGCCGGGGCUGCUGGCUGUUUUUGGAGGCCAGGACCUCAACAGAGCCCUGGGUGAUCUCGUCCUGUACAACUUCUCUGCCAACACCUGGGAGCGCUGGGACCUGAGUCCUGCCCCGGCUGCCCGUCACUCCCAUGUGGCUGUGGCCUGGGCCGGCUCCCUGGUGCUCAUGGGUGGUGAGCUGGCUGAUGGCUCCCUCACCAGCGAUGUGUGGGCCUUCAGCCCCCUGGGCGGGGGCCACUGGGAGCUGCUCGCACCACCUGGCUCCAGUUCCUCGGGGCCACCAGGCCUGGCAGGUCACGCCGCCGCCCUAGUGGAUGACAUCUGGCUCUACGUGUCUGGCGGCCGCACCCAGCACGACCUCUUCUCCUCUGGCCUCUUCCGCUUCCGUCUCGACAGCACCAGUGGGGGCUACUGGGAGCAGGUGAUUCCAGCAGGCGGGCGGCCUCCUGCCGCCACGGGCCACUCCAUGGUGUUCCAUGCCCCCUCGCGCACCCUGCUGGUUCACGGUGGACACCGGCCCUCCACCGCGCGGUUCUCUGUGCGGGUGAACUCCACAGAGCUCUUCCACGUGGAUCGGCGCGUGUGGACCACGCUGAAGGGCCGGGAUGGGCUCCAGGGCCCACGGGAGAGAGCCUUCCACACAGCCAGCGUCCUGGGCAACUACAUGGUGGUCUAUGGGGGCAACGUGCACACCCAUUACCAGGAGGAGAAAUGCUAUGAAGAUGGCCUCUUCUUCUACCACCUGGGCUGCCAUCAGUGGGUGUCGGGGGCCGAGCUUGCCCCCCCGGGAACCCCUGAGGGCCGAGCAGCACCUCCCAGUGGUCGAUACUCACAUGUGGCGGCUGUGCUUGGUGGCAGUGUCCUGUUGGUGGCUGGGGGGUACAGUGGCCGGCCUCGUGGGGACUUGAUGGCCUACAAGGUGCCUCCCUUUGUGUUCCAGGCGCCUGCUCCGGACUACCACUUAGACUACUGCUCCAUGUACACGGACCACAGCGUCUGCUCCCGAGACCCUGAAUGCAGUUGGUGUCAGGGGGCCUGCCAAGCUGCACCACCUCCUGGAACCCCGUCUGGGGCUUGUCCAGCUGCCAGCUGCCUGGGCCUGGGCCGCCUUCUGGGUGACUGCCAGGCCUGCCUGGCCUUCAGCGGCCCGACAACUCCUCCCCGGGGGCCCGGCGCUCUGGGCUGGUGCGUGCAUAAUGAGAGCUGCCUCCCUCGGCCUGAACAGGCCCGCUGCCGAGGGGAGCAGAUCUCAGGCACCGUGGGCUGGUGGGGGCCUGCGCCUGUCUUCGUCACAUCCCUGGAGGCCUGCGUCACCCAGAGCUUCCUGCCUGGCCUGCACCUGCUCACUUUCCAGCAGCCGCCCAACGCCUCCCAGCCCGACAAGGUCCUGAUUGUCCGCAGUACGACCAUCACUCUGACGCCCAGCCCAGAGACCGACGUGUCCCUGGUCUACCGUGGCUUCAUCCACCCACUGCUGCCAGGAGGGCCCGGGGGGCCGGGGGCUGAGGAUGUAGCUGUGUGGGCCCGGGCCCAGCGUCUACAUGUCUUGGCCCGGAUGGCCCGUGGCCCUGACACAGAGAACAUGGAGGAGGUGGGGCGCUGGGUGGCUCAGCAGGAGAAGGAGACAAGGCGGCUGCAGCGCCCGGGGUCUGCUCGCCUCUUCCCACUGCCUGGCCGGGACCACAAGUAUGCGGUCGAGAUCCGGGGCCAGCUCAAUGGCUCGGCAGGCCCUGGGCACAGUGAACUUACCCUGCUGUGGGACCGGACCGGCGUGCCAGGUGGCAGCGAGAUCUCCUUCUUCUUUCUGGAGCCUUACCGCUCUUCAGCCUGUUCGUCCUACUCCUCCUGCCUGGGCUGCUUGGCGGACCAGGGCUGCGGCUGGUGCCUGACCAGCGCCACCUGCCACCUGCGCCAGAGCGGGGCCCACUGCGGGGACGACAGGACCGGCGGGUCCCUGCUGGUGCUGGUGCCUGCCCUCUGCCCGCUCUGCGAGGAGCAUCGUGACUGUCACGCCUGUACCCAGGACCCCUUCUGCGAGUGGCAUCAGAGCACCAGCCGCAAAGGGGAUGCAGCGUGCAGCCGGCGGGGCCGGAGUCGGGGCGCCCUGAAGAGCCCAGAGGAGUGUCCCCCGCUCUGCAGCCAACGCCUAACCUGUGACGACUGCCUGGCCAACUCCAGCCAGUGCGCCUGGUGUCAGUCCACCCACACCUGCUUCCUGUUCGCUGCCUACCUGGCACGGUACCCGCACGGGGGCUGCCGUGGCUGGGACGACAGCGUGCACUCAGAGCCCCGGUGCCGGAGCUGCGACCGCUUCCUGACCUGCCACGAGUGUCUGCAGAGCCAUGAGUGCGGCUGGUGCGGCAAUGAGGACAACCCCACGCUGGGACGGUGCCUUCAGGGGGACUUCUCGGGGCCUCUGGGUGGGGGUAACUGCUCCCUGUGGGUGGGGGAGGGCCUGGGGCUGUCUGUGGCCCUCCCUGCCCGCUGGGCAUAUGCCCGCUGUCCAGACGUGGACGAGUGUCGCCUGGGCCUGGCGCGGUGCCACCUGCGGGCGACCUGCCUGAACACACCCCUCAGCUACGAGUGUCACUGCCAGCGGGGCUACCAGGGCGAUGGCAUCACAUACUGCAACCGCACGUGCUUGGAAGACUGUGGCCACGGUGUGUGCAGCGGCCCCCCUGACUUCACCUGCGUGUGUGACCUGGGCUGGACGUCAGACCUGCCCCCGCCCACGCCCGCCCCAGGACCCCCCGCGCCCCGCUGCUCCCGGGACUGCGGCUGCAACUUCCACAGCCACUGCCGCCGGCGGGGGCCUGGCUUCUGUGAUGAGUGCCAGGACUGGACGUGGGGGGAGCACUGCGAACGGUGCCGGCCCGGCAGCUUUGGCAACGCCACGGGCUCGGGCGGCUGCCGGCCCUGCCAGUGCAACGGGCAUGGGGACCCGCGCCGCGGCCACUGUGACAACCUCAGCGGGCUCUGCUUCUGUCAGGACCACACCGAAGGUGCCCACUGCCAGCUCUGCUCCCCCGGCUACUAUGGGGACCCUCGGGCUGGUGGCUCCUGUUUCCGGGAGUGUGGGGGGCGUGCCCUCCUUACCAACGUGUCCUCAGUGGCGCUGGGCUCACGCCGGGUUGGGGGGCUGCUGCCUCCAGGCGGUGGGGCAGCAAGAGCUGGGCCAGGCCUGUCCUAUUGCGUGUGGGUUGUCUCAGCCACCGAGGUGCUGCAGCCCUGUGCCCCUGGGACCCUCUGUCCCCCCCUCACCCUCACCUUCUCCCCCGACAGCAGCACCCCCUGCACGCUGAGCUAUGUCCUGGCCUUUGAUGGAUUCCCGCGCUUCCUGGACACUGGUGUCGUCCAGUCGGACCGUAGCCUCAUUGCUGCCUUCUGUGGCCAGCGGCGGGACAGGCCUCUCACUGUGCAGGCCCUGUCUGGCCUGCUUGUCCUGCACUGGGAGGCCAACGGCUCCUCGUCCUGGGGCUUCAACGCUUCUGUGGGCUCUGCCCGCUGCGGGUCAGGGGGCCCAGGGAGCUGCCCUGUCCCCCAGGAGUGUGUGGCCCAGGAUGGGGCCGCAGGUGCUGGACUCUGCCGAUGUCCUCAGGGCUGGGCUGGCCCCCACUGCCGCAUGGCUCUGUGUCCCGAGAACUGUAACGCCCACAGCGGGGCGGGGACUUGUAACCAGAGCCUGGGUGUGUGCAUCUGUGCUGAGGGCUUCGGGGGUCCUGACUGUGCCACGAAGCUGGACGGCGGGCAGCUGGUCUGGGAGACCCUCAUGGACAGCCGCCUCUCAGCUGACACUGCUAGCCGAUUCCUACACCGCUUGGGGCACACCAUGGUGGAGGGACCUGAUGCCACCUUGUGGAUGUUUGGGGGCCUGGGCCUGCCCCAGGGGCUGCUAGGAAACCUGUACAGGUACUCCGUGAGCGAGCGACGGUGGACACAGAUGCUGGCGGGAGCCGAGGAUGGGGGCCCGGGCCCCUCCCCUCGCUCCUUCCACGCGGCUGCCUAUGUGUCCGCCGGCCGUGGUGCCAUGUACCUUCUGGGGGGACUCACGGCCGGGGGUGUCACCCGCGACUUCUGGGUCCUCAACCUCACCACCCUGCAGUGGCGGCAGGAGAAGGUUCCUCAGACUGUGGACUUGCCAGCAGUUGCCGGUCACACCCUAACUGCCCGCCGCGGCCUGUCCCUGCUCCUGGUGGGCGGUUAUUCCCCCGAAAAUGGCUUCAACCAGCAGCUGUUUGAGUACCAGCUGGUGACUGGCACCUGGGUGUCCGGAGCCCAGAGCGGGACACCCCCCACAGGUCUCUAUGGUCAUUCUGCCGUGUACCACGAGGCCACUGACUCCCUCUACGUGUUUGGGGGUUUCCGCUUCCACGUGGAGCUGGCAGCCCCGUCCCCUGAGCUCUACUCCCUGCACUGUCCUGACCGCACCUGGAGCCUGCUGGCCCCUUCCCAGGGGGCAAAGGUCAGGAAAAGAGGUCACACAAGAAAUGUGGGAUUCAUCUCAAGCAGCCAGUGCCAGGUUCCCGGGGAACAGGGCAUGGGGGUUCGGGGAGUUCGGGGAAGGGAGAUGGCCCUGGGGGCUGCUCUGAAGAGUGAGGGAGGUUUCCUGGAGGAAGUGCGGGUGUCAUCCCAACAGCCACGCCCCCGGCUUUUCCAUGCCGCAGCCCUGCUAGGGGACACCAUGGUGGUCCUUGGGGGGCGCUCGGACCCUGAUGAGUUCAGCAGUGACAUUCUACUCUACCAGGUCAACUGCAACGCCUGGCUCUUGCCCGACCUCACCCGCCCAGCCUCUGUGGGACCCCCAAUGGAGGAGUCUGUGGCCCAUGCCGUGGCGGCAGUAGGAGGCCGCCUGUACAUCUCAGGUGGCUUCGGGGGAGUGGCCCUGGGCCGCCUGCUGGCCCUGACCCUGCCCCCUGACCCCUGCCGCCUGCUGCCCUCACCUGAAGCUUGUAACCAGUCUGGGGCCUGCACCUGGUGCCAUGGGGCCUGCUUGUCCGGAGACCAGGCUCAUAGGCUGGGCUGUGGGGGCCCCCCAUGUUCCCCAAUGCCUCGCUCUCCGGAGGAAUGUCGACGUCUCCGGACCUGCAGUGAGUGCCUGGCCCGCCACCCCCGGACCCUGCAGCCUGGAGAUGGAGAGGCAUCUGCCCCCCGCUGUAAGUGGUGUACCAACUGCCCCGAGGGCGCCUGCAUCGGGCGGAAUGGGUCCUGCACCUCAGAGAAUGACUGUCGGAUCAACCAGCGAGAGGUCUUCUGGGCCGGGAACUGCUCAGAGGCUGUAUGUGGGGCCGCUGACUGUGAGCAGUGCACCCGGGAGGGCAAGUGCAUGUGGACGAGGCAGUUCAAGAGGACAGGGGAGACCCGCCGCAUCCUCUCGGUGCAGCCCACCUAUGACUGGACCUGCUUCAGCCACUCUCUGCUGAAUGUGUCCCCAAUGCCGGUGGAGUCAUCGCCCCCCCUACCCUGCCCCACUCCCUGUCACCUCCUGCCCAACUGCACCUCCUGCCUGGACUCCAAAGGUGCGGAUGGGGGCUGGCAGCACUGUGUCUGGAGCAGCAGCCUCCAACAGUGUCUGAGCCCCUCCUACCUGCCCCUGCGAUGUAUGGCCGGAGGCUGUGGGCGGCUGCUCCGGGGACCCGAGAGCUGCUCCCUGGGCUGUGCUCAGGCGACCCAGUGCGCCCUGUGCCUGCGGCGCCCCCACUGUGGCUGGUGUGCCUGGGGGAGCCAAGAUGGGGGUGGCCGCUGCCUGGAGGGUGGACUCAGCGGUCCCCGUGACGGGCUGACAUGCGGGCGACCUGGGGCCUCCUGGGCCUUCCUGUCCUGUCCCCCUGAAGACGAGUGUGCAAAUGGACAUCACGACUGCAAUGAGACACAGAACUGCCACGACCGGCCACACGGUUACGAGUGCAGCUGCAAGGCGGGCUACACCAUGGACAACAUGACUGGGCUGUGCCGCCCGGUGUGCGCCCAGGGCUGCGUGAAUGGUUCAUGUGUGGAGCCCGACCACUGCCGCUGCCACUUCGGCUUUGUUGGCCGCAACUGCUCCACAGAGUGUCGCUGCAACCGCCACAGCGAAUGCGCGGGUGUGGGCGCCCGUGACCAUUGCCUGCUGUGCCGCAACCACACCAAGGGCAGCCACUGUGAGCAGUGCCUCCCUCUGUUCGUGGGCUCGGCUGUGGGGGGCGGGACCUGCCGGCCCUGCCACGCCUUCUGUCGUGGCAAUAGCCACGUCUGCGUCUCCAGGAAGGAGCUCGAAAUGGCCAGGAAGGAACCAGAGAAGUACUCGCUGGAUCCAGAGGAGAUUGAAAACUGGGUGACAGAGGGGCCUAGUGAAGACGAGGCUGUGUGUGUGAACUGCCAGAAUAACAGUUAUGGGGACAAAUGCGAGAGCUGCCUGCACGGCUACUUCCUCCUGGAUGGGAAGUGUACCAAAUGCCAGUGCAACGGCCAUGCAGAUACAUGUAACGAGCAGGACGGGACGGGCUGCCCGUGUCAGAACAAUACAGAGACGGGCACGUGCCAGGGUAGCUCGCCCAGUGACCGCCGAGACUGCUACAAGUACCAGUGCGCCAAGUGCCGGGAGUCCUUCCACGGGAGCCCGCUGGGCGGCCAGCAGUGUUACCGCCUCAUUUCCGUGGAGCAGGAGUGCUGCCUGGACCCCACGUCCCAGACCAACUGCUUCCAUGAACCCAAGCGCCGGGCUCUGGGCCCCGGCCGCACUGUCCUCUUUGGCGUGCAGCCCAAGUUUACCAACGUGGACAUCCGCCUGACGCUGGAUGUGACCUUCGGUGCUGUGGACCUCUAUGUCUCCACCUCCUACGACACCUUCGUGGUCCGUGUGGCCCCUGACACGGGCGUCCACACCGUGCAUAUCCAGCCACCUCCACCCCCACCGCCUCCCCCACCCCCUGCCGACGGCGGACCCCGGGGGGCCGGGGAUCCAGGAGGACCCGGGGCCGGGAGCGGGCCAGGUGCCCCGGCGGAGCCCAGGGUGCGGGAGGUGUGGCCACGGGGCCUGAUCACCUACGUGACUGUGACAGAGCCGUCGGCCGUGCUCGUGGUUCGUGGUGUGCGGGACCGGCUGGUCAUCACCUACCCGCACGAGCACCAUGCCCUCAAGUCCAGCCGCUUUUACCUACUCCUGCUGGGCGUGGGGGACCCGAGCGGGCCCGGCGCCAAUGGUUCAGCUGACUCUCAGGGCCUGCUCUUCUUCCGGCAGGACCAGGCUCACAUCGACCUAUUUGUCUUCUUCUCCGUCUUCUUCUCCUGCUUCUUUCUCUUCCUCUCACUCUGCGUGCUCCUCUGGAAGGCCAAGCAGGCCCUGGACCAGCGGCAGGAACAGCGCCGGCAUCUGCAAGAGAUGACCAAGAUGGCCAGCCGCCCCUUUGCCAAGGUCACCGUCUGCUUCCCGCCUGACCCUGCCGCCCCGGCCCCUGCCUGGAAGCCGGCUGGGCUCCCACCGCCCACCUUCCGCCGUUCGGAACCCUUCUUGGCACCCCUGCUGCUGACGGGGGCCGGGGGGCCCUGGGGACCUGUGGGAGGAGGCUGCUGCCCGCCCGCCGUCCCGGCCACCACUGCCGGCCUGCGAGCCGGGCCCAUCACCCUUGAACCCACUGAAGAUGGCAUGGCCGGUGUGGCCACUCUGCUGCUCCAGCUGCCCGGAGGACCCCAAGCACCCAACGGCGCCUGCCUAGGGUCGGCCCUCGUCACGCUGCGGCACAGGCUGCACGAAUACUGUGGGGGUGGUGGGGGUGCUGGGGGCAGUGGGCACGGGGCUGGCGCAGGCCGGAAGGGACUGUUGAGCCAGGACAAUCUCACCAGCAUGUCCCUCUGACCCACGGUGUGGUCCUCAGCCACAGCGACUGAGUACCCUGAUAACGCCACCCUGGAUUCAGGGCUCCUCCACUUGGCGGCCCCUGGACACCGUGUCCUCAGAGACCUCUGGCUCCCUUUCCCCGGGGCUCCCCAGACAGGGCAUUUGACGUUCUGCAUUCAACAAUUAUUUAUUGAAUA